GUCAUUGGUGGAGCUCCUCUCCGCAGACAGGCCCCCUUGUAGUCCGCAGGCCCCCCUGUCGGGGUGUCCAUGUCAGUGCCUGCUCGGAGUUCUGCGUUGUGAUUGGAUGGAAGUUGUCAGGCAGCGGCGGAGGACAGGCCUGGAGCGGUGUCAGUGACAUUGCCUCAGCCCCGGGUUGGAAGAUGAGUGCGGGGCUCGGGAGGCUGCUGGCCGGCGCUGGGCGGAGGUGUUGCGGCUCGGUGUGGUGGAGGGGCCCGGUGUACGGGGUUGGGGCUCAUCAGUUUUCUAGGCGGAUCGUUUCCUGGAGACCGACUCCCAUUUUAUCCUUCCUCGGGUCCCAACCACUGCGAGACAAGGCCGGAGGUAACGGCUCCCAGGAAGGCAAAGACAACAAUAAAAAGGAUGAGAAGAAGAAAGAAACGGAGUGGUGGCAACGCAUUUUAAAGGGAGACUUUCCGCGGGACGACAAGGAUUUCCGCAGCCUCGCUGUCCUCAUCGCCGGCGUCUCGGCGCUCACGUUGUUUUACUUCUCCAGAGAUACUGGAAAGGAGAUCAGCUGGAAGGAGUUUGUACAGCUGUAUCUGGAGAGGGGGCAGGUGACCCGGCUGGAGAUCGUCAACAAGCAGUUUGUGAGAGUCAUAAUGGCCAAUGGAGAGAGACCGGUGUGGUUUCACAUUGGCAGCGUCGAUAUCUUGGAGCGCAAUCUGGAGAUCGCACAGCAAGAAAUGGGUAUCGAGCCCGCAGAGCGCGUGGCGGUGGUCUACAGCAAUGAGAGCGAUGGGUCCUUUCUCCUCAGCCUCAUCCCCACGCUGCUCAUCGUGGGCUACCUGCUGUACAGCAUGCGGAGGGGGAUGAUGGGGCCGAGCCGCGGGGGGAGAAGCAGCGGAAUCUUUGGUGUCGGGGAGACAACAGCGAAGAUGCUGAAAGAAGAGAUCAACGUGAAGUUCCGGGACGUGGCGGGAUGUGAAGAGGCAAAACUGGAGAUUAUGGAGUUUGUGAAUUUCCUCAAAAAUCCCAAACAGUAUUAUGAUCUUGGAGCUAAAAUCCCCAGGGGAGCAAUGCUCACUGGACCACCUGGUACUGGCAAAACCCUCCUUGCCAAGGCAACCGCAGGGGAGGCCAAUGUUCCAUUCAUCACUGUCAAUGGAUCCGAGUUCCUGGAGAUGUUUGUUGGUGUUGGUCCUGCCAGGGUACGAGACAUGUUUGCCAUGGCGAGGAAGAACGCACCUUGCAUCCUUUUCAUCGACGAGAUCGAUGCUGUUGGAAGAAAGAGGGGGCAGGGGAAUUUCGGGGGGCAAUCUGAGCAAGAAAAUACCCUCAACCAGCUGCUGGUGGAGAUGGAUGGUUUCAGUUCUGAUACCAAUGUGGUGAUUUUGGCGGGUACAAAUAGACCGGACACCCUGGAUCCAGCUCUGAUGAGACCGGGAAGAUUUGAUCGCCAGAUUUACAUAGGCCCCCCUGAUAUAAAAGGCCGCGCCUCUAUUUUUAAGGUUCAUCUUCGUCCUCUGAAGCUGCCUGAGAAUUUCGACAAGGACGCCUUGGCCCGGAAGUUGGCAGCCCUGACUCCUGGUUUCACAGGUGCCGAUAUUGCCAACGUGUGUAACGAGGCCGCCCUUAUCGCAGCCCGGCACCUGGGCGAGUUUGUCCAGGCGAAGAACUUUGAGCAGGCCAUUGAACGUGUAGUUGGAGGAUUGGAGAAGAAGACUCAGGUCCUUCAGCCUGAUGAGAAGCGCACUGUGGCCUAUCAUGAAGCCGGCCAUGCUGUGGUUGGUUGGUUUUUGGAACAUGCGGAUCCUUUACUAAAGGUGUCGAUCAUUCCUCGUGGUAAAGGCCUCGGCUAUGCCCAGUACCUCCCCAAGGAGCAGUACCUGUAUACCAAAGAGCAGUUAUUUGACCGAAUGUGCAUGAUGCUGGGAGGCCGGGUGGCAGAACAGAUCUUCUUUGGGCGCAUCACAACUGGGGCUCAGGACGACCUGAGGAAGGUGACGCAUACCGCGUAUGCACAGAUUGUAACGUUCGGAAUGAGCAAGAAGCUGGGUCAGGUGUCGUUCGAUCUCGGCCGCCAAGGGGAGACGUUGGCCGAUAAGCCGUAUAGUGAGGCUACAGCAGAACUUAUUGACCAAGAAGCCAGAGACCUGAUCAGUGCCGCCUACGACAGAACCAUGGCGCUGCUGACCUGCUGCAAGGAUCAGGUGGAGAAGGUUGGGAAGCUGUUGCUGGAGAAGGAAGUCCUGGAGAAAUCGGACAUGAUCGCGCUGCUGGGCCCCCGGCCGUUCGCGGAGAAGUCCUCCUAUGAAGACUUUGUAGAAGGGACGGGCAGUUUUGAGGAAGACACCUCCUUACCGCAGGGUCUGAAAGACUGGAAUCGGGAGAAGACGGACAAAGAUGAGGAGAAGACGCCAUAGGAUGCAGCUUUUCUAGAUAAUGGACCUUUUGGGAACGGAUUCUCAGGGAGGACAACCAAACCAUGGGCCAAACUUCUUUCAUUGUGUCUGUGAUGAACUUUGCCAACAGUGCCUCAGCUGGAGCCAG